CCAUAACAUGUAAAAUUUGUGCACGGUAUUUUUUUUGAUAAUAAAAAUGGGUGAUUUGUGUGCUGAAUGUAACCAACCGGCUGAACUUAAAUGUUCGGCGUGCAAGUUGGUUUCCUAUUGUGGUAAGGAUCACCAGAAAUCCCAUUGGAAGACGCAUAAAACUUUGUGCAGACCUUUUGAGGUUCAAGAAAACAAGGAUAUUGGAAAAUGUCUUGUCGCAACUCGCGACUUGAGUCCAGGAGAUGUAAUUUUGACAGAAGUGCCAUUGGUUAUGGGACCAAGGCCUCAUAUGGUCGAAGAAGGGCCCGUACCAUGUCCUGGAUGUUGUCGACUUAUUAUCGGGGAAACAUCCGGUAGAUGCGAAGGUUGCGAUUUCCCAGUAUGCCACCCAGGUUGUCCAGGUUUAAAAGACAUGGAAAAACACGGGCACGAAUGCGUGGUACUGGGUUUACGCGACGUAACCGCCAUCAAUGGGUUACACGAGUUCUACAGGCAAGAUGCCCUGUUGGCCUUGAGAUGUUUGCUGUUGCAAAAAAGACACCCCAAAAGAUUCGCGCAGCUACUCGAGAUGGAGAGCCAUAUGGAGAGAAGGGGGCCAAAUUCUGACAUUUACAGGGAUGUCGAUGAACGAGUUGCAGACUACCUGCACAGCAAUUUUUUCGACCCCAUGAGGAUUCUGGAAGGAAGAACCGGUCAGAAGGUAUUGCCAGAUGUUUCCAGAGAAACCAUCCACAAAGUAUGCGGUAUAAUCGAUGUAAACGCAUUGGAAAUCAACCAAAACGCAGAGGUGUCAGCGUUGUACCCCACGGCUUACCUCAUGGAGCAUAGCUGCCUCUCAAACACCUCACACACGUUUGAUAGCGAGUCAAAUGGUUACAAAAUCACUAUAAGGGCUGCAUUGCCCAUUAAAAAAGGCGAUCACAUAACCACAAUGUAUACCCAUGCUCUAUGGGGCACACAAGCUAGAAGGGAACACUUAAGGGAAACCAAAUACUUCUCCUGCAAAUGUCAGAGAUGCGUUGACCCUACAGAGUUGGGCUCUUAUCUAAGCGCCUUAAAAUGCAUGGGUACCAGUGAUGAACCUUGUGGUGGCGUACAACUACCCUUGGAUGCGUUGGAUGAUAGCACCGAGUGGGCUUGCAAUCAAUGUGAGGUUAGGUUGUCGAACCACGAAGUCAGUUUUCUGGUGAACCAAAUUGGCGAAGAGGUUGAUAAUGUGCAACUCUCAAAUCCCACUGUAAGGGAGUUGGAUGCCCUUCUGACAAAACUACAAACAUUUUUGCACCCAAAUCACUACCAUUCUUAUUCUGUGAAACAUUCUUUAAUUCAGUUGUAUGGAUAUCAGCAGGGUUACAUGCCCAGUCAAAUAACAGAUGACUGUCUAGUCAAAAAGGCAACUAUGUGCAGAGAGCUGUUGGAAAUCACUAGAAAAAUCGACCCCGGUAAUGCUAGAUUACCAUUGUAUACGGGGGUUAUCCUCCACGAGCUAUAUUUAGCCAAUAUGAUCCUGAUCAAGAGGAAAUGGGAUUUGGGUAUGAAGACUAGGGUUAAAUCGAUCAUAACUCUUUUAAGGGAGUGCAAAAAAUGCCUGGAGGAAACCAAGGGGGUCCUGAAAAACGAAACAACCACACCUGCCGGUAAAAAACUCAAUGACCUGGUGAACACCUCUUUUAAGGAGUUUUGUAAGUUCGUGGAGAGGAACAAAAUUGAUCUGAAUCGGGAAGAAAUAAAAGAAUAAUGAAUUGUAAUCUAUUUAUUAACAUUAAAAUGC